AUGGAGUUUCACGGUGGUGGGUCUGGUGGGGUCGUGGUCAGUGGCAGUAACGUCCCUGCAUUUCUUACGAAACUUUGGACUCUUGUUGGGGAUCCGGAAACCGAUCCUCUGAUCUGCUGGAGCCCAGUGAGUUAACUAGCUUGCUAGCUGCUAAUGCUAACUAACCUGCUAGCUAACUGAUGGACACCUUCGUAUAAGUUAACUUAGACUUGGUUCGCGUUAUAGACAGUUGCUUAUUGCCAAUCAAUAUGGUUUCACAUUUCAUAUUUGGUGUUAACUAGUUAGCGGGACAUAAUUUAUAGCUAGCUAACGUUAGUUAUGAUAAAACACAACGGUGAACUAACUAGUUAUCUAACUUCCUAACCAGAUUUGUACGAGUAACUAACUCUGUGUCCAGAUAACUAACUAGACAGUUUAGCUAAUUUGGUAAAACGAUUAAUCAGCAAAAGUCAGCAAGGCCAAGGGCCGGGGGAGCUUCGUGCGGAUGGUUUUGUCAGUCCACGCGUCAGCUGUUACUGGGUGUCAAUUAUCAAUAGCUAAAAAUGUUAGUUAGCUAUGUUAGUAAGCCGCCUGGCUGCAACUAACUACUUCAUUUGGUUAACUGUGUGUGUAGACAUUAUGUAGCUGUAUGUGUGUAAAAAAAAACAAAAAAAAAACAUGCAAACACCACAUUGAAACUAGCUAACGUUAGCUACAGCAUUGUUAUGAGAAAAGGGGGUGUGUGAAAAGGGGUGUGUGGCUGUGUAAGCAACUAUGAAUGAAUUCGUGUGUAACACCGCCAUGCCAACACAGUCUAUGUGGAACUUGACAGCCUUUUUCCAUUGUUAGCCACAAUAAUUGUGCAAUUCUCAGUAGCCAAGGAGCAGCUUUUACUCUCUAAGUUGUACAAUGACUAACUUGUCAUUGUCAUAUAUAAAAAAAUAUACACUACCAGUCAACAGUUUGGACACCUACUCAUUCAAGGGUUUUUCUUUAUGUUUACAAUUUUUUACAUUGUAGAAUAAUAGUGAGGACAUCAAAACUAUGAAAUAACACAUGGAAUCAUGUAGUAACCAAAAAAGUGUUAAACAAAUCAAAAUAUAUUUUAUAUUUGAGAUUCUUCGAAUAGCCACCCUUUGCCUUGAUGACAGCUUUGCACAGUCUUGGCGUUCUCUCAACCAGCUUCAUGAGGAAGUCACCAGGAAUGAAUUUCAAUUAACAGGUGUGCCUUCUUAAAAGUUAAUUUGUGGAAUUUAUUUCCUUCUUAAUGCCUUUGAGACAAUCAGUUGUGUUGUGACAAGGUAGGGGCCCCGUGUAGCUCAGUUGGUAGAGCAUGGUGCUUGCAACGGCCAGGGUUGUGGGUUCGAUUCCCACGGGGGGCCAGUAUGGGAAAAAAAAUGUAUGCACUCACUAACUAAGUCCCUCUGGAUAAGAGCGUCUGCUAAAUUGUACAUUUACCAUUUAAGUCAUUCAACUUAGGAUAGCCAGUGGGACAACCACUCCUUUUUUUUGUAAUGGGGGGGGGGGGGGGGGGGGUUAGAAGGAUUACUGUUAUACUAUUCCAGGUAUUCCUUAAAGAGGUAGGGUUUCAAGUGUCUCCGGAAGGUGGUCAGUGACUGCGCUGUCCUGGCGUCGUGGGGGAGCUUGUUCCACCAUUGGGGUGGCAGAGCAGCGAAUAGCUUUGACUGGGCUGAGCGGGAACUGUGCUUCCGUAGAGGUAGGGGAGCUAGCAGGCCAGAGGUGGAUGAACGCAAUGCCCUCGUUUGGGUGUAGGGUCUGAUCACAGCCUGAAGGUAAGGAGGUACAGUUCCCCUCACAGCUCCGUAGGCAAGCACCAUGGUUUUGUAGUAGAUGCGAGCUUCAACUGGAAGCCAGUGGAGUGUGCGGAGGAGCGGGGUGACAUGAGCGAACUUGAAGGUCGAACACCAGACGGGCUGCAGCGUUCUGGAUAAGUUGUAGGAGUUUAAUGGCACAGGCAGGGAGCCCAGCCAACAGCGAGUUGCAGUAAUCCAGACGGGAGAUGACAAGUGCCUGGAUUAGGACCUGUGCCUAAAUGACUAAAAUGUAAAAUGUAGGGGAGGUACACAGAAGAUGUACCUGUUUGGUAAUAGACUGCUGCAGAAGAUAAGUUCAUUAGAGUUACCAGCCUCAGAAAUUGCAGCCUAACUAAAUGCUUCACAGAGUUCAAGUAACAGACACAUCUCAAUAUCAACUGUUUAGAAGGGGACUGUGUGAAUCAGGCCUUCAUGGUUGAAUUGCUGCAAAGAAACCACUACUAAAGGACACCAAUAAUAAGAAGAGACCUGCUUGGGCUAAGAAACAAGAGUAAUGGACAUUAGACUGGUGGAAAUGUGUCCUUUGGUCUGGAGUACAAAUUUGAGAUUUUUGGUUCCAACCACUGUGUCUUAGUGAGACGCGGUGUGGGUGAACGGAUGAUCUCCGCAUGUGUAUUUCCCACCGUAAAGCAUGGAGGAGGUGGUGUGAUUUUGUGGGGGUGCUUUGCUGGUGACACUGUCUGUGAUUUAUUUAGAAUUCAAGGUACACUUAACCAGCAUGGCUACCACAGCAUUCUGCAGCGAUACGCCAUCCCAUCUGGUUUGGGCUUUUAUUUUAUAUUUUUUUAUUUCACCUUUAUUUAACCAGGUAAACCAGUUGAGAACAAGUUCUCAUUUACAACUGCGGGCUUAGUGGGACUAUCAUUUGUUUUUCAACAGGACAAUGGCCCAAAACACCUCCAGGCGGUGUAAGGGCUAUUUUACCAAGAAGGAGAGUGAUAGUAGAGAGUGCUGCAUCAGAUGACCUGGCCUCCACAAUCCCCCGACCUCAACCCAAUUGAGAUGGUUUGGGAUGAGUCAGACGGCAGAGUGAAGGAAAAGCAGCCAACAAGUGCUCAGCAUAUGUGGGAACUCCUUCAAAACUGUUGGAAAAGCAUUCCAGGUGAAGCUGGUUGAGAGAAUGCCAAGAGUGUGCAAAGUUGUCAUCAAGGCAAAGGGUGGCUAUAUGAAGAAUCUCAAAUAUAUUUUGAUUUGUUUAACACUUUUUUGGUUACUACAUGAUUCCGUAUGUGUUAUUUCAUAGUUUUGAUGUCUUCACUAUUAUUCUACAAUGUAGAAUAUAGUAAAAAUAAAGAAAAACCCUUGAAUGAGUAGGUGUGUCCAAACCUUUGACUGGUACUGUAUAUUAUAAAUUAUGUUUUAAUUUCACAUACACAAAUCAAAUUGUAUUUAUCACAUGCUUCAUAAACCACAGGUGUAGACUAACAGUGAAAUAUUUACUAACGGCCCUUCCCAACAAAGCAGAGAGAGAACAGAGAAAUAAUAACAGAAGGAAUAAAUACACACUGAGUAACGAUAACCUGAUACCAGUACCGAGUCCAUGGGUACGAGGUCAUUGAGGUAGCAGUUUACAUAGGUAGGGAUAAAGUGACUUGGCAACAGCAUAGACAGUAAACCAGCGUAUGUGAUGAGUCAAAAGAGGGUGUGUCAUACACCGGUGCAGUGAAAAGUGUUGUUUACAGGGUCAGCCAUAGUAUUACGGCGCCCCUGGAGCAAAUUAGAAUGAAGUGCCUUGCUCAAGGGCACAUCUACAGAUGUUCACCUUGUCGGCUCUGGUACUCGAAUCAACAACCUUUCGGUUACUGGCCCAAUGCUCUAACCGCUAGGCUACCUGCCAAUAUUAUCUUAUAUUAUUCUUAUUUUAUUAAACAACUAAUUAUGUUGCUGUUUGUUAAGGAAUUAUCUGGACUCUGCAUUUUGUACUUAAAUUAACCCUGAGGGUGAAAGCAUAGAUUGUCCUAAUUAUGUUAUCUCUUAACUACUGGGUAGGAGAAAAUCCUGCAUGUGUUGACGCUCUGUCUAUCCAAGGGUCUCCUCUGGUCCAAGCAGCUGACUUCUGUCUCUGCGUCCAUUUCCCCGAAAGUGAAUUAAUGGCAAAAUAACAGACUAACAUUCAGGCAAAACACUUCUAUUGGGCUUUGGCACUGGACCAUUUCCACUCUUUCAGCCUUCAUUGCACAUGGAUUGCAUCACAAUGGGGAAGUUGUAGGAGGUUUUGUGUGUGAACUGCCCCAGAAUAUUGAGAUGAUGUACAAGCAAAUGUACUAAUUAGGACAUUUCUGUUGCUGAAUUUAUUUGAUAAAGUUAUUAGGAUGCACUGCCAUUAGAGGUCUGAGUCCUUGUUGUCUCUUUAGCCUACCCACUCAAUGUGUUCUUGCGUUAUGAUCCAACCUAUUGCCAUAGACGUCACACCCUUCUCUACCCUCCAUAGUCAGAGUGUAGGUAGAGCCUUUAUGAGACCCAAAGUUGUGAAUUAGUUUAGCUUUGUCGUAAACCAGCCAAUGCACCUUAACCUGAUACUUACUUUAGUACAUUUUUAUUUCACCUAUAUUUUGCCAGGGAGUAAUGUUGAGACCAAGGUCUCUUUUACAAAUGAGCCCUGGCUAUAAUUAUAGGCCUAGCCAAGGUAAACUGGGAUUGUGCACUAUUUAUUUAAAGGGAUACAGUAGAUAUUCAUUGCCAAAAUCCUGAAGUAUUCCUUUAACUUUUACUGUUCUUUUUCUUCCUUUACAGAAUGGCAACAGCUUCCAUGUGUUCGAUCAGGGCCAAUUCUCCAAGGAGGUGCUUCCCAAGUAUUUCAAACACAAUAACAUGACCAGCUUUGUACGUCAGCUCAAUAUGUGUGAGUUGUCAUUCAUGUAUUUAACAUGUUAGGCGUGUCAAUGCCAUGGAAUAAAAACGCACAGUUAAUCAUGUGUGCAACGUUAUGUGCAAUAUGGUUUAGAUGAGACGCUCCGGUAUAGUUUGAAUUGCUAUCCUUGUUUUCUUUGUCUAUAUACAGUUGAAGUCGGAAGUUUACAUACGCUUAGGUUGGAGUCAUUAAACUCGUUUUUCAACCACUCCACACAUUUCUUGUUAACAUACUAUAGUUUUGGCAAGUCGGUUAGGACAUCUACUUUGUGCAUGACACAAGUAAUUUUUCCAACAAUUGUUUACAGACAGAUUAUUUCACUUAUAAUUCACUGUAUCACAAUUCCAGUGGGUCAGAAGUUUACAUACACUAAGUUGACUGUGCCUUUAAACAGCUUGGAAAAUUCCAGAAAAUGAUGUCAUGGCUUUAGAAGCUUCUGAUAGGCUAAUUGACAUAAUUUGAGUCAAUUGGAAGUGUACCUGUGGAUGUAUAUCAAGGCCUACCUUCAAACUCAGUGCCUCUUUACUUGACAUCAUGGGAAAAUCAAAAGAAAUCAGCCAAGACCUCAGAAGCAAAAUUGUAGACCUCCACAAGUCUGGUUCAUCCUUGGAAGCAAUUUCCAAACGCCUGUUCAUCUGUACAAACAAUAGUACGCAAGUAUAAACACCAUGGCACCACGCAGCCGUCAUACCGCUCAGGAAGGAGACGCAUUCUGUCUCCUAGAGAUGAACGUACUUUGGUGCGAAAAGUGCAAAUCAAUCCCAGAACAACAGCAAAGGACCUUGUGAAGAUGCUGGAGGAAACAGGUACAAAAGUAUCUAUAUCCACAGUAAAACGAGUCCUAUAUCAACAUAACCUGAAAGGCUGCUCAGCAUGGAAAAAGCCACUGCUCCAAAACCGCCAUAAAAAAGCCAGACUACGGUUUCCAACUGCACAUGGGGACAAAGAUCUUACUUUUUGGAGAAAUGUCCUCUGGUCUGAUGAAACAAAAUUAGAACUGUUUGGCCAUAAUGACCAUUGUUAUGUUUGGAGGAAAAAGGGGGAGCUUGCAAGCCGAAGAACACCAUCCCAACCGUGAAGCACGGGGGUGGCAGCAUCAUGCUGUGGGGGUGCUUUGCUGCAGGAGGGACUGGUGCACUUCACAAAAUAGAUGGCAUCAUGAGGAAGGAAAAUGAUGAGGAUAUAUUGAAGCAACAUCUCAAGACAUCAGUCAGGAAGUUAAAGCUUGGUCGCAAAUGGGUCUUCCAAAUGGACAAUGACCCCAAGCAUACUUCCAAAGUUGUGGCAAAAUGGCUUAAGGGCAACAAAGUCAAGGUAUUGGGAGUGGCAAUCACAAAGCCCUGACCGCAAUCCUAUAGAACAUUUGUGGAUAGAACUGAAAAAGCGUGUGCGAGCAAGGAGGCCUACAAUCCUGACUCAGUUACACCAGCUCUGUCAGGAGGAAUGGGCCAAAAUUCACCCAACUUAUUGUGGGAAGCUUGUGGAAGGCUACCCGAAACAUUUGACCCAAGUUAAACAAUUUAAAGGCAAUGCUAUCAAAUACUAAUUGAGUAUAUGUAAACUUCUGACCCACUGGGAAUGUGAUAAAAUAAAUAAAAGUUGAAAUAAAUAAUUCUCUCUACUAUUAUUCUGACAUUUCACAUUCUUAAAAUAAAGUGGUGAUCCUAACUGGCCUAGGACAGGGAAUUUUUGCUACGAUUAAAUGUCAGGAAUUGUGGAAGACUGAGUUUAAAUGUAUUUGGCUAAGGUGUAUGUAAACUUCCGACUUCAACUUUACUAUGAUAUUUACUGUAUGACACAUGAAGUAGGAAUAUGGCUUUGGCCACAUCACAUACAAGGCUAAAGUAAGGAUAGUUUAAACAGAAAAGUAGCAAAUCUGAUGUUGAGGAGAGAGAUCAUACUACACAUUUUACCUGCCUAAAUGACUACCGACCCGUAGCACUCACGUCUGUAGCCAUGAAGUGCUUUGAAAGGCUGGUCAUGGCUCACAUCAACACCAUUAUCCCAGAAACCCUACACCCACUCCAAUUUGCAUACCGCCCCAACAGAUCCACAGAUGAUGCAAUCUCUAUUGAUAAUAAUAAUAAUAAUAAAUAAUAAUAUGCCAUUUAGCAGACGCUUUUAUCCAAAGCGACUUACAGUCAUGCAUGCAUACAUUUUUGUGUAUGGGUGGUCCCGGGGAUUGAACCCACUACCUUGGCGUUACAAGCGCCGUGCUCUACCAGCUGAGCUACAGAGGACCACAUUGCGCUCCACAAUGCCCUUUCACACCUGGAAAAAAGGAACACCUAUGUGAGAAUGCUAUUCAUUGACUACAGCUCAGUGUUCAACACCAUAGUGCCCUCAAAGCUCAUCACUAAGCUAAGGACCCUGGGACUAAACACCUCCCUCUGCAACUGGAUCCUGGACUUCCUGACGGGCCGCCCCCAGGUGGUAAGUGUAGGUAACAACACAUCCGCCACGCUGAUCCUCAACAUGGGGGCCCUUCAGGGGUGCGUGCUCAGUACCCUCCUGUAUUCCCUGUUCACUCGACUGCAUGGCCAGGCACGACUCGAACACAAUCAUUAAGUUUGCUGAUGACACAAUAGUGGUAGGCCUGAUCACCGACAACGACGAGACAGCCUAUAGGGAGGAGGUCGGAGACCUGGCCGUGUGGUGCCAUGACAACAACCUCUCCCUCAAUGUGAUCAAGACAAAGGAGAUGAUUGUGGACUACAGGAAAAAGAAGAGGACCGAGCACGCCCCCAUUCUCAUCGACAGGGUUGUAGUGGAGCAGGUUGAGAGCUUCAAGUUCCUUGGUGUCCACAUCACCAACAAACUAACAUGGUCCAAGCACACCAAGACAGUUGUGAAGAGGGCACGACAAAACCUAUUCCCCCUAAGGAGACUGAAAAGAUUUGGCAUGGGUCCUCAGAUCCUCAAAAAGUUAAACAGCUGCACCAUCGAGAGCAUCCUGACUGGUUGCAUCACUGCCUGGUAUGGCAACUGCUCGGCCUCCGACCGCAAGGCACUACAGAGGGUAGUGCGUAUGGCCCAGUACAUCACUGGGGCCAAGCUUCCUGCCAUCCAGGACCUCUAUACCAGGCAGUGUCAGAGGAAGGCCCUAAAAAUUGUCAAAGACUCCAGCCACCCUAUUCAAGCGGUACCGGAGCGCCAAGUCUAGGUUCAAGAGGCUUCUAAACAGCUUCUACCCCCAAGCCAUAAGACUCCUGAACAUCUAAUCACAUGGUUACGCAGACUAUUCCCCCCCCUUACGCUGCUGCUACUCUCUGUUUAUUAUCUAUGCAUAGUCACUUUAAUAACUCUACCUACAUGUACAUAUUACCUCAAUUACCUCGACUAACCGGUGCCCCCGCACAUUGAGUCGGUACCGGUACCCCCUGUAUAUAGCCUCGCUAUUGUACUUUUUACUGCUGCUCUUUAAUUAGUUACUUUUAAUUUGUAUUAUUUUAUAUUGUGUAUAUAUAUAUAUUUUUUGUAUUCUUUCUUAAAACUGCAUUGUUGGUUAACAAAUAUAAUUAGAUUAGAUUUCUACACAGUUUUGAUUUAGUUUUAGUAAUUUUAAAGUAUAUUGAGUUUGUUUUUACUCAAACCUCCCACGGGCCGGAUUAGACCCCCUCUCAGGUGUGAUCCAGCCCGCGGGGCUGUAUGUUUGACACCACUGCUUUAAUUAGACUCAAUGGAGGACCUUUUUUUUUAUUGAGGCUAUUUCAGGUAGAUGUGAACAUGUAUUUCUCAUACUGUGAAAGCCUUGUGCUUUUUUGUUGGUGUCUUUAAGCAAUAAGGCCAGAGGGGGUGUGGUUUAUGGCUAAUAUACCACGGCUAAGGGCUGUUCUUACACACGACGCAACGCAAUAUACCACAAACCCCGAGGUUACCAAAUUUUUUUUCAUACCCGUGGUAUACGGUCUGAUAUACCACAGCUUUCAGCCAAUCAGCAUUCAGGGCUUGAGCCACCCAGUUUAUAAUUGGUUAUAUAAUCCACUUACAUGUUAUUUAUUUAGACUGAAAAGACUUGGAGGAGGAAGAUAUAAUUGCAUACAGUGACCUAGAAACCAGGCAAAUUUCAGAAACAAUAAAAUACAGGCUAUGUAAUUGCCACGUAUCUAGAAAUGGAAUGGUAGUGCCAUAUAGCCAAAACUGGUUGUUUUUUCUAUCUGCAGACGGCUUCCGCAAAGUAGUCCACAUUGAGCAGGGCGGCCUGGUGAAGCCUGAGAAGGACGACAUGGAAUUCCAGCAUCCGUACUUUAUCCGCGGACAGGAGCAUCUGCUUGAAAAUAUAAAACGGAAAGUUACCAAUGUAAGUGCAAAACGAUGAGAUGUGAUCAUCAUGAUAUGUGUCUUGAUUCACCUAUCAAACCUUUCUUCGUACUGGGCUUUACAUAGCUCUGACAGUAUUAGUUAAAGUAUUACAAAUAUAUUACGUUUAUAGUCAGAACUAUGUAGCUAACUCUCUGUACAAAGCACGCAUGGAAAACCUCAGUAAAACUCCCCAUAGAGAAGACACACAUUGGGAUCCUCCUCAGACAGACAGCAUCUUAGACAGACAGCAUCUUAGACAGACAGCAUCUUAGACAGACAUCAUUGUAGACAGACAGCAUCUUAGACAGACAGCAUGUCACAGACAGCAUGUGCUCCCAGUGCUUGGCCUGCUCUUCUGCUCUCCUCCCGGAACAGAUUGAGCUGAUCUAGGGGCCUCUGCGGAGCCUGACAGCUGGGGAGGGGUGGAUUAGAGAAGGCAGGCCAGGGAGCUCGUAAUCUGAUGUCGCCUGACACAGCCACUUUCUACUCUGCUCAGUCUGUUGAUUUACAGCCGUUUCCAUCUGCACCUUAAUAUAUUAUCUGCCUCGGGCCAACUGACCAGUUCAGGCAAAAAACUGAUCACCGAAUCAUACACUCUUUUCAUUGUGUUUCCAGUGUCUAUCCCUCAGGUUUGAAGUCGGGGCCAAGGCCUACACCGAAGGCUUGUUUUUAUCUCUUUCCCGCCUCACUUUAAUAGUUUUCUUUGCUUUAACCAUUUCAUCAUGUUCUCCCUCCCUGUCAGGUGUCCAAUGUUAAACAUGAAGACCUCAAGAUGAGCUCAGACGACGUCUCGAAAAUCCUGACCGACGUGCAGCACAUAAAGAGCAAGCAGGAGACUAUAGACUCCAAAAUCAUCACCAUGAAGCAGUAAGUGAAACGUUAAGAGAGGCAUAUUCUGAUUCUGAUUCAAUCUCAUGCAUAUUGGAUGGUUGACUCGGCUUAACUAAUAGAUUGAAGGGAACAAAAUCAACAGAAUGUCUGACAAACCAUUGUGCGAAGUACAAACCCCCAAGUACCACAACUCCACAUGGAUGCAAGAUUUAAAAACAUUUUCAGAAUUGACUGCCCCAUUGAACGAGCCAAAAACGUUCUUCCCCAGCUUAGCAUCUCAGUUCCACACAAUAAGAUAUUCUCUCUCUCUCUCUCCUGCCUCUUGCUGCUGUGCUGCUAAAUUAGCAAGUACGCAUACUGAGUCCCCCUGUAGUGUUCCUGUAGCUUAACAUACUGCAUUAAGGCGGUGGAAGCCAGUUUAUUUAAAGCUGAUUAUUAGGCUGCUUGAGGCAGAAUUCCGAAAGGCCUGUCAUAGGCUGAAAUACUGUAUAUACACUACAUGACAAAAAGUAUGUGGACACCUGCUCGUCUAACAUCUCAUUCCAAAAUCAUGGGCAUUAAUGUAGAGUUGGUCCCGCCUUUGCUGCUAUAACAGCCUCCACUCUUCUGGGAAGGCUUUCCACUAGAUGUUGGAACAUUGCUGCAGGGACUUGCCAUUUAGCCACGAGCAUUAGUGAGGUCGGGCACUGAUGUUGGCCGAUUAGGCCUGGCUCGCAGUCGGCGUUCCAAUUCAUCCCAAAGAUGUUCGACGGGGUUGAGGUCAGGGCUCUGUGCAGGCCAGUCAAGUUUUUCCACACCAAUCUUGACAAACCAUUUCUGUAUGAACCUCGCUUUGAGCAUGAGACAUUGUGAUGCUGAAACAGGAAAGGGCCUUCCCCAAACUGUUGCCACAAAGUUGGAAGCACAGAAUCAUCUAGAAUGUCAUUGUAUGCUGUAGCAUUAAGAUUUCCCUUCACUGGAACUAAGGGGCCUAGCCCGAACUAUUAAAAACAGCCCCAGACCAUUAUUCCUCCUCCCACUAAACUUUACAGUUGGCGCUAUGUAUUCGGGCAGGUAGCGUUCUCCUGGCAUCCACCAAACCCAGAUUAGUCCGUCGGACUGCCAGAGGGUGAAGCGUGAUUCAUCACUCCAGAGAACGCGUUUCCACAGCUCCAGAGUCCAAUGGCUGCGAGCUUUACACCACUCCAGCCGACACUUGGCAUUGCGCUUGUGUGCGGCUGCUCCACCAUGGAAACCCAUUUCAUGAAGCUCCCGAUGAACAGUUAUUGUGCUGACGUUGCUUACAGAGGCAGUUUGGAACUCUGUAGUUAGUGUUGCAACCGAGGACAGAUGAUUUUUACACGCUACGCGCUUCAGCACUCGGUGGUCCCGUUCUGUGCGCUUGUGUGGCCUACCACUUUGCGGCUGAGCCGUUGUUGCUCCUAGAUGUUUCCACUUCACAAUAACAGCACUUACAGUUGACCAGGGCAGAAAUGUGAAGAACUGACUUGUUGGAAAGGUGGCAUCCUAUGACAGUGCCACGUUGAAAGUCACUGAGCUCUUCAGUAAGACCAUUCUACUGCCAGUGUUUGUCUAUGGAGAUCGCAUGGCUGUGUGCUCGAUUUUCAGCUGAAAUAGCCGAAUCCACUCAUUUUAAAUGGGUGUCCACAUACUUUUAUGUGUAUAUAUAUAGUGUGUGGGAGAUAGUCAGGUCCCAGCAUAUGUCCGUGUGCUGUUUGAAUCCACAGAGCUGUCAUAAAUUAUAGCUUUCACACUUUUUUUUCACCAGCUUUAAACUCUGAUUUAAGGGAGUACAUCUAUUGAUAUAUAUCCUUAUGGUGGUAGAACUGCAGCCGUGGAGAGUUGGACCUGGUCUGUUUCCAUGUUUUGAUCCAGUGUGUGGUUUGAAUUUAGGACUAGGGCCAGGGUUAGUUUUGUGUGUGCUUUUUCUGGAUGCCUUGAUCAGACUUGAUCAGAUCCAUGUUUGUUGCAGUAAUGAUGUGGAGACAAUUCAUUGAUUUAUGUCAGUAACUCAGCCUGGUUAGUUACUGGUUAUAAAGUCUUCAUCAGAUGUGGUUUCAAAGUUGAGAGUUCCCAUUUUGUAGCAGUUAUGAUGUGGGAUAACCCAUUGGGUUGUGUCAGUGUGCCCCACUCUGGGACCAUAUAAUGGUGUUUCAUCUUUCAGGACACUUGGUCACCAUUCUAAAAGCGAGAGGCUCUUCUCAUGCAGCUGGGAGGAUGUGGCUGCGCUGUUCACCAGCUGCCUGUAGCCCAUCGGGGUGCAUGUCAGGACCCACAUCAUUAAUACAAUCCUUCCUACACACACACACGGGCUUGGAUUCUCCAGCUGGACCUCACCCUUGGACUCUUCAUUACCACUGAGGGCUUUCUCUCCUGUCCCAAACAUAUGUUCACAAACCAGACUUUUUCUGCAUGGUUCCAUGAUGCAAUACGCACGGCAGAUUUCAUUAUGACCUCAUUCAUCGUGUCCCAUCGGCACGGCAUGACAGUCUCUCUCCAUGUUUCUCACAAUGUCCUCUUAGAAUAGGAGAUGGGAUUAUUUAUCUUGUUUUAUCCAAUCAUCUGUUUUAAUCCAACUUGCCUAUUUGAUUCAUAUCUUUAGAUUAAGAUAUGUCACUCAAGAAUGAUGGCUGUCCAUCAUCCGAGGUGGGUGGCUCGCACGCUUUCUUAGAAAAAAACGGAUUGUUCUCUAUUACCACAUUCCUCCUCCCCUCUGACCCUAGAACAAAUCUGACACUCCAAAAAGUAAAUGGAUGGUUCCAAUGAUCUGAUCCCGUUCACAUGUCAAAUAAUCCCUCAGUAUUGGUCAGAGUGGUGUUUCGGGUUGGGGUCUAUGGUGGUUGGGGGGGGGGGGGGGGGCAAUGAUGACCCCAAUCCACUUGGAGGAAUCCACACCUGACCCUGUAAAUCCCUUUUCAUCUGCCCCACAGGGAGGUCAGCACAGAUGGUGGGCUUUUCCAGCGCAGCCUGGUUUUACAGGGCAAAGUGGGUUUACAAGGCAACAGAGACCACUGAUACAGGACCUCUCUUUACUGGAAGUAUGGGGGCCCUGUAGCACUCAGAUGGCACCCCCAGUAGACAGGUCCUUCAACCCUCGUUCGGUCUCGGUUUUAAUAUCACAUCUGUGUGCUGGAGGUUCUUAAGGUUAACACGCGUUACUCCUUAACAAUGCCAGGAUGUAAAGCCUAAGCUAUGAUUAUCAGCAAAUGUAUUUUUCAUUUCAUUUUGUCCUCGAAGCUAAGCCUAAUGUUGAUUUUAAUUUUUAUGGUCUAGAAUAGUUGAAUUUGAGAGUAGCAUUAAUCAAGACGUAAACCUAAAAUGCUAAACAAACUCAGAAAUAUCUAAAAUGUAUAUUCUGUUUAUUGUGGCAGCAUCGUUUCACCAGGUCAAAUUCCUAGUACAUGUCAAUGUACUUUGCACAUAAAGAUGGUUCUGAUUCUUAAGUAUUUUGUGAUGGAGCCGGAAGACUCAAUCUGACAUAUUUCACCAAUGUGUUGUCUAGCCUGUUCUUAGAACUGUUUGCUCUGUUUUGCCAACUCCAGUGGGACAGAGACCAUAGGAGAUUGCAGGACAGCACAGAUAGAUCUGGGACCGGGCUAGGUGUUGUCUGAGUCCAGGGCAUGUAAUUUAAUGUGAGCCAUGUGUAUGGAUGAAUCAGGCCUAUGAGCACACCUACAAAGCAGCUUAACCAGAGUCUGAGGAGCCAGGCUUUAAGAGCCAGGUGGAGGGGCAGGGCUUUAUAGACUGCACUAAAAAAGCUGAAUAAACACAGCACACUAAGAUCUUUCAAUAGCCAUUAACUUAGCUAAAUAAACGGCCUGAAGUAUUCCUCAAAUCUUUACCAGUACAGUAGAAAAUCUGCUGUGCCUCGAUAGGCGUUCCAUAGUAUGGGUUGGGGGGCUGUCUUAAAGGUGAGAGCCUGAGCCCUUGCCCUCUGCCCUCUGCCCUUCCUCCAGCUUGGCUACAUUCAGGUCCAUUAGGGAUGACGUGCUGUUCUGAGAUUCUUUUCUUUUCUUUAUUUCAAUUAUGCUUUGCAACGGGUUAUUGGGCUAUUCAACUUUUGAUGUAGGAAACAACAUCACAAUGUCAAGGACUGAUGUCAUUGUAGCAAGCAUCCAUGACAUUACACAAAGAGGAUGUCAUGGGUUUGGGAAUGGAAGGGAAAUGUGCGUGGUCCUCUGUAGCUCAGCUGGUAGAGCACGGCGCUUGUAACGCCAGGGUAGUGGGUUCGAUCCCCGGGACCACCCAUACACAAAAAUGUAUGCACACAUGACUGUAAGUCGCUUUGGAUAAAAGUGUCUGCUAAAUGGCAUAUUAUUAUUAUUAUUAUAUUAUAUAUUAUUAUUAUUAUUAUUAUAUUAUUAUUAUAUUAUUAAAAUGAAAUGUAAUAAAGUAUUCCAUUAAAAAUUCAAUCGAUUUUUUUAAAAUGUGUGGAUGUAUUGAUCUGUAAACGAGUAUCCCCUUUCUCUGUCCAGUGAGAAUGCAACUCUGUGGAGAGAGGUGGCCAGCCUCCGACAGAAACACGCCCAGCAACAGAAAGUCGUCAACAAGGUAAAAGACAGGCACGGUACCUGCCGCUGCUCUGACCACCCAGAAUAAGUAGGCUCUUCUAUGCUAUGGUAACAUAGUAGUUCAUGUGAUAACUCUUUGAAUGACGUUCACAAUGAAAAUAAGUCGUAGACUAUUUGUUGUUGUCAUCGUCAAUGAUUUUGAAUACGUGUGCUAUCAUUACGUUGGUGUGUGGCUGUAUAUGUAUCAUUUUAAAUUGUCUGAUAUACUGAACAAAAAUAUUAAACGCAACAUGCAACAAUUUCAAAGAUUUUACUGAGUUUACAGUUCAUAAAUGGAAACCAGUCAAUUGAAAUAAAUUCAUUUGACCCUAAUCUAUGGAUUUCACAUGACUGGGCAGGGGUGUACCCACUGAGGAGCCAGGCCCAGCCAAUCAGAAUUUGUUUUUCCCUACAAAAGGGAUUUAUUACAGACAGAAAUAUUGCUCAGCACCCCCCCCUCAGACGAUCCCGCAGGUGAAGAAGCUGGAUGUGGAGGUCCUGGGUUGGUGUGGUGCAACAUGGUCUGCAGUUGUGAGGCUGGUUGGAAGUACUGCCAAAUUCUGUUAAAUGACGGAGGCAGCUUAUGGUAGAGAAAUGAACAGUAAAUUCUCUGGCAACAGCUCUGGUGGACAUUCCUGCAGUCAGCAUGCCAAUUGCACGCUCCCUCAAAACUUGAGACAUCUGUGGCAUUGUGUUGUGUGACAAAACUGCACAUUGUAAAGUGGCCUUUUAUUGUCCCCAGCACAAGGUGCACCUGUGUAAUGAUCAUGCUGUUUAAUCAGCUUCUUGAUAUGCCACACCUGUCAGGUGGAUGGAUUAUCUUGGCAAAGGAGAAAUGCUCACUAACAGGGAUGGAAAUAAAUGUGUGAAUAAAAUAGGAGAGAAAUAAGCAUUUUUUGCGUAUGAAAAAUUUCUGAGAUGUUUUAUUUCAGCUCAUGAAACAUGGGACAAACACUUUACAUGUUGCAUUUAUAUUUUUGUUCAGUGUAAAUCAACACAUUUCCUUCUAACUUUUGUUAUCUGUUACCCUGUCGUCCAGGGUAGGGGAGGGAAACCGAACAUUAUCAACACAGACCGUACCAACCAUUUACCGAGGCCAUUUUAUUGAUAUAGAAAUUGACGAUAAGUAGCCUGUACUAGAGAAAUGUGAAGUUUGAAAUGUCUGAUAAUAUGGGCUAUGCUAACGGUACAAUUGAUAGUUACAACAUGUACUCCUGAGUGGCGCAGUGGUCUAAGGCACUGCAUCGCAGUGCUAACUGUGCCACUAGAGAUCCUGGUUUGAAUCCAGGCCCUGUCGCAGCCGGCCGCGACCGGGAGACUCAUGGGCGGCGCACAAUUGGCCCAGUGUCGUCCAGGGUAGGGGAGGGAAUGGCUGGCAGGGAUGUAGCUCAGUUGAUAGAGCAUGAUGUUUGCAAUGCCAGGGUUGUGGGUUCGAUUCCCACGGGGGGCCAGUAUAAAAAAAUAAAAUAUGUAAGUCGCUCUGGAUAAGAGCGUCUGCUAAAAAUGUAAAUGUAAAAUGUCUAAAUGACUAAAAUGUAAAUGUAAUUAUUUUUUGUAAUAUUUGUUUUAUUAUUUUACUUUUUACCUCUUUUACUCCCCAAUUCCGUGGUAUCCAAUUGGUAGUUACAGUUUUGUCCCAUCGCUGCAACUCCCGUACGGACUCGGGAGAGGCGAAGGUCGAGAACCAUGCGUCCUCCGAAACACGACCCUGCCAAGCCGCACUUCUUCUUGACACACUGCUCGCUUAACCCGGAAGCCAGCCACACCAAUGUGUCGGAGGAAACACCGUACAACUGGUGACCGUGUCAGCGUGCAUGUGCCCAGCCCGCCACAGGAGUCGCUAGAGCGCGAUGGGACAAGGACGUCCCGGCCGGCCAAACCCUCCCCUAACCCGGACGACACUGGGCCAAUUGUGCAUCACCUCAUGGGUCUCCCGGUCGCGGCCGGCUGCGACACAGCCCGGGAUCGAACCCGGAUCUGUAGUGACGCCUCAAGCACUGCAGUGCAUUAGACCACUGCGCCACUCGGGAGGCCUGAUUUCCUGCUAACCAAGCAGGAAAUCAGGGACCAUAAACCGAACAUUAUCAACACAGACCGUACCAACCAUUUACCGAGGCCAUUUUAUUGAUAUCGAAAUUGACGAUAAGUAGCCUGUACUAGAGAAAUGUGUAGUUUGAAAUGUCUGAUAAUAUGGGCUAUGCUAACGGUACAAUUGAUAGUUACAACAUUCAGUAGUAGUGGCAGUAGCAACAGCAGCAUCAGUGUAAUAUAUAUAAAAGUAGGCUAACCAGUGCACAUUAAUGUUAUAAACCUAACAUUCUAUUUAUCGUUAUUGUGAAAUGUUUUUUUGUCCAUAUCGCCCUGCCCUACUGUUUACUGUGCCUAUGUCUCCCACAGCUCAUCCAGUUCCUGUUGACCCUGGUGCAGUCCAACAGAGUCCUGGGGCUGAAGAGAAAGAUGCGAGUAAUUUAGAAUAGCUAACUCGCAUUCACUCAAAUAGUGGUCCCUUUUUUAAAGGGCGUUUGUCUGACUCUCGUCUCCUCUCUAUGGUGCUACAGUCCCCUGAUGCUGAACGACAGCAGCUCCGCCCACUCCAUGCCCAAGUUCAGCAGGCAGUACUCUCUGGAACACCUUCAGGCUUCGCUGCAGGCCUCUUCCGCAAUCUCUGUGAGUUCACCUUCUCCGGGAACCUAGCCUAGCUUGGCACCUCCCGGUGGUAGAAAUGGAACAACAGGCCUACUGUAGUUAUAGCAGACAGAAAGCGCUCUUUGUGUAUUGUGAGUUGGGGGGGAUCACAGGCUGAUUGAAUUCACAGUUAUGUAUUUAGGCCAAAUGAUGCUAUUGCUUACAGCUGUACUUUACAAUUGACAGAUUUGUAAGGCAUGUUUUGAUUUAGGCUAGUGAGAUAAGUUACCCAAAAGUGUGACGGCUAACUCAUAUCUCAGACAUGAGAAUUUAGCUACUGUAAGUAACUUUUUAAGGCUCUUAACUAGCCAGAGGUAAUGCAUUCAAAGAGGUGUGGUCGCUGGAGCGCCACUAAGAAAGGUGUAAUGUUAUUAAGCCUGUGUUACGUAACUGAUCUUGUUAGGAUGUCAGGGCAGCUUUAGUAUACUUGUGAAUGUGUGUCCUCCUCCCAGCCCUCGGGCGCACCAUUCACCAGUACAGGUCUCUUCACGGCGGAGUCUUCACUUAACGGCCCCAUCAUCUCAGAUGUCACUGACCUGGCUCAGGCCAGCCCUGUGGAGGUCACCAAUGAGUGGAUAGAGGAAAGGUUAGUGAGCUUGCCUCAUUUCAACAACCAACUGUUCUUUUUUAUAUAUUUUUUUCAAAAAUCUACUUUUAUUUUCUGACCACAUGACCUGACCAGGAAAACAUCAAGAAACUAGGGCCUAUAGUUUUAUCCUGAUCAAAUCAGGUGGUCAGAAUUCAGGAACGACUCCUGACCCUAUACCAACUAUGCACGAAUAAACAAAAUGUCCAUAACCCAUUUCUCUUCCUGUCUUCAGCACGAGCCCAUUGGUCCACAUAAAGGAGGAGCCAUUCAGUCACGUGUUGGAGGAGGUGUGUCCGGCCGAGGCUGUGAUCGGGGGGGCAGGGGUACAGGUAGACACGCCCCUGUCCCCCAUCACCUUCAUCAACUCCAUCCUGCAGGAGAGCAACGAGCCUAACGCCUCCCCCGCCCCCACGACCCCUACGGAGCAGAAGUGUCUCAGCCUCGCCUGUCUAGACAAGUGAGUGAUCCCCAGAUGACGUCACCGUGACCAGGUCCCACUGACAGUCUGUCCCUCAGCCCCUCCCACGUAGCACCUUGCAACAGAGAUGACCACAAUAAGCUUAGUCCUCCGCCUCUACCCUAAAAAGUUAUAUUUUUUUGUUCACUUAAGACACCUUGUAAAUCUAAUUUGCUGCAACACACUGCGGUGUCCAUCAAUUACGAUCCACUUGCAUCACACUAGCCUUUCAUUGCCUUUAUAAUCAGUCGGCCCAUGCCAGUCGACGUCUGCAGCCAGCCUAAUGCCCUAUGCUUCUCCCCGCGCGCCACCAUCUCUGUGUGUAUCACGUCACAUUGCAUCAGGAGGAUGUGCUAGCGACGCUAAGCAGCUCCUCCACUGAUAAACAGAUUAGGCAGCUGUUAGCGCUUUAUGCUAGUUUAAUAAGCACCAUCAUUCACCAAGCUCUACAUAAACAAACUCACUGGCUAGUCCCGAGUAUUGCUAAGUAUACACUUCAGAGACUUAGCUAAUUCUUUCAAACCAAACAUGGACUCCUGCAUUUUAGACAUAGUUCUGUUGAUUUGUUGCAUUUCAUCUUGGCGUUUGAGUUUUAGGAUCCUGCCUGUUGCUUCUAACGGUACGUAAUAAAGCUGCUCAAUGUUUAAUCAAACUAAUGCAUCUUAAUCUGCUCAUCUAUCUUCAUGUAGAUGUAUGGGUUGAUGAUACAUUAGAGAGAUUAGUUUUCAGCUCAUACCCAAGCAACCUCUAAUAAUUUUUUACCUAUUUUUUGGGGGUGGGUGGGGGGGGGGGGGGGUGUUGUCUCAGUCAAUGACACAGUUUCUGUGUCACUGUUGAGAUGAGAAAGUGUUUGUUGUUUUAUCGAAAUCUUACUCUGAUACAAUAAAAAAUUGUUAGAAAAUGUAGACAGGAUUCCUUUUUUAAGCCAAUCAACGUCUCUCUUCCUGUGAUCCCAAUGCUUACUAUUCUCCUUUUCAGCCAAUGGGAAGCAGAGUAGCCCAUGUGAUCCCCAUCCCUGGGCUGUAGUCAACCUAUGGUGUAGUAGUAGUGCUCUGCCCUCUCUCCAGCUGUUCUUCUUUUAUCUUUUCAGUUCUACACAGACGUCAGAGGUGUCUCGCCUCUUCCCCAGACCCUCCUCGUCUCUACACCUCAGACCUAUCCCAGGGUUAGCAUUUCAGUUGGCCCACAAACCCUGUUGUGUUGUCCUCCCCCAGAACGCUUGAUUGACGCUGCUGUACCUGUCAUUGCCGCCAGCACCAAGCCCAGAACUAACGUUCAAGCCCGUGUGGUCUGUAAUAAAAUAAAUUAACAAAGUGAUUUGUGUAUCUAUUGAGCAAAUAUGUUGUAUAAUGGUAUCAUUUCUAAUCAUUUACCAUAUCCCUGGAUAUAACAACAUUUUCUCUGGGUCUACAAACGGAUGGUGCUUCUCAGUAUUUGGCACCAACUGAGAGCGUCAUUAUUGAUUAUCGAUAAGGUUUUCAACACCAGUGUUUUGAACACGCAUGGGCUUGAAAAAACAGCUGAUUCAGCACGGUUUGUCCAAAUGUUAAUCUAACUGCAUACUGCUCAACCCCAUAGGCUAUCCUCCAUUUAGGUCAAAGGGCAAUCAUUCUGUGAGUGGGUUUUAAUGUGGCAGGCCCAGUGAACAGUACGCUAUAGGCAGACUAUUCCACUUUCUGGGCAUCAGGCUCACAGCCCACUCAGCGCUGUUCCAAUGGCGUCUGCGGCUCAAGUGAAACAAGUUGUUGGUUGAUUUUACUACCGUUAGUUUUAAACAGCUAAUUUGCUUUAAUGUGUGUGUUUAGUCAGGGAGAUCUUCAAAGAUGAAUAUGAACCAUGUUUUGUUUCUUUGCGCUUUGGUGUAGGAGUGAGCUGAGUGACCAUUUGGACAGCAUCGACAACGGCCUGGAAAACCUCCAGACUAUCCUGAACGCGCAGUCCAUCAAUUUCGAGUCCUCACCCGUCUUUGAAGUAAGUUGUGCCUUUUUCUUAGCCUGAUCCCAGUUCUGUUUGUGGGACCAGAUCAACAUCGGGCUACUUUUUUUCUGUCCCGACAACAGUAUGCCGAGGCAUUUCCUGUGUGGGACACUGACCGGUCAGAUUUGAGUUUGCAGUGAGGUCUGUCUCUCUGCUGCUGGGAAUUGAUAGGUGAUGGUGUGUUUUGAAGGGACUGUGGCUUUGCGAAGGAUGAUGGUUGGUGGUCAACCUGGUGUGAGUGGUGACAAUGACUAGAUUCAACUGAAGUUAUGAUUCAUGUGGAUAUUGUCUAAUUCCUCCUGUGUGUGUCUCUUGUUUUUGUUAAUCUGGCUCAGCUGAAACCCCAGGGGAUAAUAACGUUUUCUACCACUACUUGUCUUUCAGUUCUUCAGUUCUUCCCUGCCUGGCUCUGAAUUCGACCUGGAGAGCCUUGACAGUGUAAGUUAGACAGAAUCAAAAUCACCUUUAUUUGCCAAAUACAUGUGCAUGUACAGGAAUUUGACUCAGUGAAAUGGUGCUGCUACAAACAGAAUAUACAGACAGAAAAUAAACAGAAUAUACAGACAGAAAAUAAACAGAAUAUACAGACAGAAAAUAAACAGAAUAUACAGACAGAAAAUAAACAGAAUAUACAGACGAGAGAUAUAGACAUAGAAUUUACACAAUCCACAUUAUGUACACAAUGAACACCAAGCUAAAAUCUACAGACUACACUAUAAGCUACAUUAUGGAGUUGCGCAAACAGAUGUAUACACUGAGUGUACAAAACAUUAUGAACACCUGCUCUUUCCAUGACAUAGACUGACCAGGUGAAAGCUAUGGUCCGUUAUUGAUGUCACGUGUUAAAUCCAUUUCAAUCAGUGUAGAUGAAUGGGAGGAGACAAGUUAAAGAAGGAUUUGUAAGCCUUGAGACAAUUGAGACAUGGAUUGUGUAUGUGUGCCAUUCAGAGGGUGAAUGGGCAAGACAAAAUAUUUAAGUGCCUUUGAACAGGGUAUGGUAGUAGGUGCCAGGCGCACCGGUCUGUGUCAAGAAUUGCAAAGCUGCUGGGUUUUUCACGCUUAACAGUUUCCUGUGUGUAUCAAGAAUGGUCCACCACCCAAAAGACAUCCAGCUAACUUGACACAACUGUGGGAAGCAUUGGCGUCAACAUGGGCCAGCAUCCCUGUGGAAUGCUUUAGACACCUUGUAGAGUCCAUACCCCGACGAAUUAAGGCUGUUCUGAGUGCAAAAUGAGGGGUGUUCUUAAUGUUUUGUACACUCAGUGUAAAUAAAGCACUUUACAAGUUUAUGUGCAAUAAGGUAAAUAUAUAAGGUUCAGUCCAUGCCAAGGGCUGGAGCGGGAUAGCUUGGUGUUCAUUGUGUACGUACAAUCUGGAUGGUGUACAUUUUGAGUGCAAAGAGCAAUGUGCAGUUCUAUGAAAGUGCGGGGUGCAUAGUCUGUAGAUGAAUGGUAAACCAUGCAUACUGUAGUCCAUGGAUGAGAAGAUCACUGUGGACCGGUUGGUGAGGGCCACGGUACGGGCGAAGACGCUGGUCAGGUGGCGUGAGGUUUUGGUUGUGAUUGACCUGAACCGUUUGCCAGAGGGGAGUCUUUGGAAGGGGUAUGGAUAUAGACCCACUGCCGUAGCAGGGCAAGGGGAAUGUCUUACACAUCCUUUUAUUUUGUUCAUGAAAUAAGUGAAAGUGUCUCACACUGUGGCCCCGCUGUUUUUCUAGAUCCAGGACUUGCUUUCAUCAGAUCCACCUAAAGGGGCUGAGAGGAGUGAUGACUACACCGGUAAGAACUCCUAAUAUACUCUAUAUCAUGCUGACUAUGCAUUUUUGCAUUUCACUUUUAUCUAUUGUUUAAUGGGAGUGACCGUGUGCUACUGCUACUACAAUACUGCUACUACAAUACUACUACUACUACUACUACUACUACAAUACUACUACUACAAUACUGCUACUACUACAAUACUGCUACUACUACAACAAUACUGCUAAUACUACAAUACUGCUAAUACAAUACUGCUACUACUACAAUACUACUACUACAAUACUACUGCUACUACUACAAUACUACUGCUACUACUACUACAAUACUGCUACUACUACUACAAUACUGCUGCUACUACUACUACUACUACUACUACUAAAAUACUGCUGCUACUACUACAAUACUGAUACUACUACUACUACUACAAUACUGAUACUACAACAAUACUACUACUACUACAAUACUGCUGCUACUACUACUACUACUACUACUAAAAUACUUCUGCUACUACUACAAUACUGAUACUACUACUACUCCCUACAAUAUUGAUACUACAACAAUACUACUACUACUACUACAAUACUGCUGCUACUACUACAAUACUGCUUCUACUGCUACAAUACUGCUGCUACUGCUGCUACUACAUAAUUGCUACUACUGCUACUACUACUAUUGCUGCUGAUGCUGCUACUGCUACUAAGGCUGCUGCUGAUACUACUACUGCUACUACUUCUAAUACUACUACUAAUACUGCUGCUACUACUACUACUGCCGCUGCUACUACUUCUAAUACUACUACUAAUACUACUACUACUACUGCCGCACUCUACUGCCGCUGCUACUACUACCACCAUGGAGUCAAAUUCAACACCAUUUGGGGUAUUAUAUGGUCCCACCCCCAUUUAGUCAAAGCUACUCUGGUUUCACACUUGUUUUUAAUUAACUCCCAUGUCAUUUUAGACUUUUCUGUGUUGUUUUGAACAAUCAACUCAAUCGGAGUACAUUUUCACUUUAGUAGGUUACUACCUUUUAACACUGUAGGGAGUAAAGCCUAAUUUGCAUAUUUCCCACUGUGCUAUUCGAAUAAAUGAAUGAAUGAUAAGGUUACCACCAAUUACCGUGACAUCUUAUUCCUUAUGGAAUCCAGCCAGAAGGACAUCCAACAAUCUUAACUUUACAUCAACCACAACCGGCUGUCAAAGUGAUUGCCAGACUGGAAGGUGUAAUUUUAAAGGACUACCUCGAACAUGUAUACUAACGGCUGCAAUAAAUCCAACCACUUACAGAUUGGGUUAGUUUAGAAAAAUGUAUGUUAUCUUUGGAUACCAUAAGAUCAAUAAUGAUCAAUGUACAAAAACAAAGCUAUUGAAACAAACAAACAAACAAAAAAAAAAAAAAAAUCGACCUGCAACAGAACAUGCUGGGAAAUAGCAUUUCCUGGUUGCGAAAAAUUCUAAACUGUUCGCCUAAUUUAAGUUUGACAGAACAAGCAGUGCAGAGAAUCAUUGUACCAUUUAAACCACUGUGAAAUAUAUAUUUUCGAUAACGAAAAAUAUUGUAUUAUCAGCUGUUUGAAGCUGUGAAAAAACGAAACUUAAGAAUGGGAAGCAGGCAAGUAGAGCACAUGGAAUGGAGCUACCGCUUCUCCAACCUGCUUUCAAUGAGAAUGUAUUCGGAAAGUAUUCAGACCCCUUGACUGUUUCAACAUUUUGUUACGUUACAGCCUUAUUCUAAAAUGGAUUGAAUUGUUUUUUCCCCCUCAUCAAUCUACACACAAUACCCCAUAAUGACAGAGCAAAAACUUUAUUUUUUACAUUUAUGCAAAAAUAAAAUCAAGAAAUAAACUGAAAUCUCAUAUUUAAGUAAGUAUUCAGACCCUUUACUCAGUACUUUGAAGCACCUUUGGCAGUAAUUACAGCCUUGGGUCUUCUUGGGUAUGACGCUACAAGCUUGGCACACCUGUAUUCGGGGAGUUUCUCCCAUUCUUCUCUGCAGAUCUUCUCAAGCUCUGUCAGGUUGGAUGGGGAGCGUCGCUGCACAGCUAUUUUCAGGUCUCUCCAGAGAUGUUCGAUCGGGUUCAAGUCCGGGCUCUGGCUAGGCCACUCAAGGACAUUCAGAGACUUGUCCCGAAUCCACUCCUGCGUUGUCUUGGCUGUGUGAUUAGGGUCGUUGUCCUGUUGGAAGGUGAACCUUUGCUCCAGUCUGAGGUCCUGAGCGCUCUGGAGCAGGUUUUCAUCAAGGAGCUCUCUGUACUUUGCUCCGUUCAUCUUUGCCUCGAUCCUGACUAGUCUCCCAGUCCCUGUCGCUGAAAAACAUCCCCACAGCAUGAUGCUGCCACCACCAUGCUUCACAGUAGGGAUGGUGCCAGGUACCUCCAGACGUGACGCUUGGCAUUCAGGCCAAAGAGUUCAAUCUUGGUUUCAUCAGACCAGAUAAUCUUUUUUCUCAUGGUCUGAGUCCUUUAGGUGCCUUUUGCCAAACUCCAAGUGGGCUGUCAUGUGCCUUUUACUGAGGAGUGGCUUCCGUCUGGCCACUCUACCAUAAAGGCCUGAUUGGUGGAGUGCUGCAGAGAUGGUUGUCCUUCUGGAAGGUUCUCCCAUCUCCACAGAGAAACUCUGGAGCUCUGUCAGAGUGACCAUCGGGUUCUUGGUCACCUCCCUGACCAAGGCCCUUCUCCCCCGAUUGCUCAGUUUGGCCGGGUGGCCAGCUGUAGGAAGAGUCUUGGUGGUUCCAAACUUCUUCCAUUUAAGAAUGAUGGAGGCCACUGUGUUCUUGGGGCCCUUCAAUGCUGCAGAAAUGUUUUGGUACCCUUCCCCAGAUCUGUGCCUCGACACAAUCCUGUCUGGGAGCUGUACGGACAGUUCCUUCGACAUCAUGGCUUGGUUUUUGCUCUGACAUACACUGUCAACUGUGGGACCUUUUUAUAUAGACAGGUGUGCCUUUCCAAAUAAUUUCCAAUCAAUUGAAUUUACCACAGGUGGACUCCAAUUAAGUUGUAGAAACAUCUGAAGGAUGAUCAAUGGAAACAGCAUGCACCUGAGCUCAGUUUCGCGUCUCAUAGCGAAGGGUCUGAAUACUUAUGUAAAUAAGGUAUUUGUUUUUUAUUUUUAAUAAAUUAGUAAAAAUGGCUAAAAACCUGUUUUCGCUUUGUCAUUAUGGGGUAUUGUGUGUAGAUUGAUGAGGCAAAACAUAAUUUAAUCAAUUUUAGAAUAAGGCUGUAACGUAACAAAAUGCGGAAAACUUCAAGGGGUCUGAAUACUUUCCGAAUGCACUGUAUAACUCACAUUUCUAUGUGAAUUUGGUCAGGUCACCCGAAAAGCACCAUACUACUCACACUACAUACAGUGAUGGAAAAAAGUAUUUGAUCCCCUGCUGAUUUUGUACGUUUGCCCACUGACAAAGACAUGAUCAGUCUAUAAUUUUAAUUGUAGGUUUAUUUGAACAGUGAGAGACAGAAUAACAACAAAAAAAUCCAGAAAAACGCAUGUCAAAAAUGUUAAAUUGAUUUGCAUUUUAAUGAGGGAAAUAAGUAUUUGACCCCUCUGCAAAACAUGAUUUAGUACUUGGUGGCAAAACCCUUGUUGGCAAUCAGAGGUCAGACGUUUCUUGUAGUUGGCCACCAGGUUUGCACACAUCUCAGGAGGGAUUUUGUCCCACCCCUCUUUGUAGAUCUUCUCCAAGUCAUUAAGGUUUUGAGGCUGACGUUUGGCAACUCGAACCUUCAGCUCCCUCCACAGAUUUAUGGGAUUAAGGUCUGUAGACUGGCUAGGCCACUCCAGGACCUUAAUGUGCUUCUUCUUGAGCCACUCCUUUGUUGCCUUGGCCGUGUGUUUUGGGUCAUUGUCAUGCUGGAAUACCCAUACACGACCCAUUUUCAAUGCCCUGGCUGAGGGAAGGAGGUUCUCACCCAAGAUUUGACGGUACAUGGCCCCGUCCAUCGUCCCUUUGAUGCGGUGAAGUUGUCCUGUCCCCUUAGCAGAAAAACACCCCCAAAGCAUAAUGUUUCCAUCUCCAUGUUUGACGGUGGGGAUGGUGUUCUUGGGGUCAUAGGCAGCAUUCCUCCUCCUCCAAACACAGCGAGUUGAGUUGAUGCCAAAGAGGUCGAUUUUGGUCUGACCACAACACUUUCACCCAGUUCUCCUCUGAAUCAUUCAGAUGUUCAUUGGCAAACUUCAGACGGGCCUGUAUAUGUGCUUUCUUGAGCAGGGGGACCUUGCGGGCGCUGCAGGAUUUCAGUCCUUCACGGCGUAGUGUGUUACCAAUUGUUUUCUUGGUGACUAUGGUCCCAGCUGCCUUGAGAUCAUUGACAAGAUCCUCCCGUGUAGUUCUGGGCUGAUUCCUCACUGUUCUCAUGAUCAUUGCAACACGAGGUGAGAUCUUGCAUGGAGCCCCAGGCCGAGGGAGAUUUACGGUUUCUUCCAUUUGCGAAUAAUCGCACCCACUCGCACCAAGCUGCUUGGCGAUGGUCUUGUAGCCCAUUCCAGCCUUGAGUAGGUCUACAAUCUUGUCCCUGACAUCCUUGGAGAGCUCUUUGGUCUUGGCCAUGGUGGAGAGUUUGGAAUCUGAUUGAUUGAUUGCUUCUGUGGACAGGUGUCUUUUAUACAGGUAACAAGCUGAGAUUAGGAGCACUCCCUUUAAGAGUGUGCUCCUAAUCUCAGCUCGUUACCUGUAUAAAAGAUACCUGGGAGCCAGAAAUCUUUCUGAUUGAGAGGGGGUCAAAUACUUAUUUCCCUCAUUAAAAUGCAAAUCAAUUUAUAACAUUUUUGACAUGCGUUUUUCUGGAUUUUGUUGUUGUUAUUCUGUCUGUCACUGUUAGAAAUAAACCUACUAUUAAAAUUAUAGACUGAUCAUUUCUUUUUCAGUGGGCAAACGUACAAAAUCAGCAGGGGAUCAAAUAUUUUUUUCCCCUCACUGUACAAGGUUGAAUCAACUGAAAAUAUCUGACUUUAAAAAAACGUUAACACUGUGAAUUUAACACUUCUUGCCGUGUUCUCCAAAGUGUAAAGGGGCUGUGGAUACUCACUCCAUAGAUGUCUCUCUCUGUCUCUGGUUACUCUUAAUGAAGUUAAACGUACUCGAUCUCAAAGACCUCCAGUUAUCAACACUAACUACAGGAAGUGUAUCACUCUGAGGGGUUUAGAUAACUACAGUAGUCAAUAAAACUUUUUUUUUCUACACUUUGCUUCCAACUUUCCUUGAUUUUUAUAAUGCAAUGCUCAGCCAUUAUAUGUAAAUUAUGCUUCUUUCCCUAUGCAAGAAAGGAUCAUAAUCUCAUGUGUUUUCAUAUUUCAGAGAUCAUAAUCUCAUGUGGCUUUCAUAUAUUGAUUAAAGCAGGGAAGCAGCUGGUCCAGUACACCUCCCAGCCAAUGCUACUGACUGACCCAUUGACCAGUGAGAACGGCGGGGCGGACCUCCCCACUCUGCUGGAGUUGGAGGGGGACUCGUAUUUCACCCAGGACCAGGACCCUGAAGAGGACCCUACCAUCUCGCUCCUCACCCCCGACUACCACACAGCAGCACCAGACGAGCCCAAACUAUCCUAA